AUGGGUUGUAGCUCAAGCAGUGCAGAAAACCCACGAAAAUCCGAAAGAACAAUAGAUGCACUAACAUCUAAACCACCCAACAAUUUUAAAUCCAAUUUAGACCGUGCACCAGCAGGCUCACAUUCUUUUGUGAUUCCUCAAAACAAUGUAAAAGUAAAUUGUGCACCUUCAUUCACAACGAAAGCUGAUAAAGUCAACCGAAAAACACUUUUGAGCUUGAAGUCAGAAAGCGAAAGCGACAGCCCAGAAAAAUCAUCCAAAGCACAUGGCUUAGACCAUUUUCGAAAGAAAACGCAAGAUGUCAAAACUUAUCUGAAAAGGCUUUUAAAAAAAGCUGAAGGUCUAGAUGAUUUGAUAGAGAACCUUUCAAAGUCUCCUAGAAAUUUAUUAAAUUCCAGCGUUUUUGAAGCUCCUCUUGUAGAAAACAGCCAUGAAGAGGGGAAAGAUAAAAAGAGCAAUGACCUGUUUCUAGUUCUGGAAGAAUUAGUUGAGAUUGAUUCGUCAAUUAAUAUGCUGAAUAAGAGAUUCACAAUGAUAAGUGGAAAGGUAAAUAAACUGCUCAUGAGCAACAAUAAAACAGCAGAUAAAGACGAAACAGCUGAAAAGGCAAAAAAAAUAGAAAAUGAGCGAAAAAUGACGAACGAAAAUUUAGAUGAUAUUAAGAAAGAAAAUGUAAAAAAUUUUGAUAGACUGGAAUUUGCAGAACAAGAAAAUUUGAAAGGACUAAAUGAAGACUCUAUGCUGUGUGAUAUGAGCAUUUCAAACAUCCUUGCAAGUGGCUUAGAUGCUACUAUGCAUGAGAUUGAAGAAAAGGAAGCUGAAAAUGAUAUAAAAUUUUCUAAUGCAAAUAGUGAGCUAGAUGAAAGCAUGAGCCAAACAGGAGAGGAUCGAUCAGUCCAUAAUAUUUCUUUUAAUUCUGCACCUGAUAUGAUAAGCAAAUCGAGAGUUAUCGCAACUCAACGCUUCAAAGUUACUACAAAGCAGCCAGAAAAAUCUAAAUUUCCAACGAAAACAAAUCUUGCAAUUGAUCCUCUUGCUGGUUAUAAAGUACAAAGCCAGCCAAUCAGCACUCCAAAUAACUUGAAAUUGCCUUCUGAAGUAGGAAAAGUUGCUCCAUUUUAUAGCCCUGCGAAUGGAAAAUCUGGGGAGCAGCCAAGAUUUUUCCAGAGCAAUCAAGGUGGGAAAUCUUCUGGACGGAAUUCUCAAAUAAAGUCAAGAGCAUCUGAAGAGCAAAGUAAUUUGGGUGCAUUGAAUAACUUAAAAAAGAAACUUGAAGCAGAGAUUGAUUCAAAGUCGAAAUCUCGAAUCCAAAGAGCAAGCUUCAACAACAUAGCGAAUCAUUUGAGAUCUUUUUCAAAUAAUGAUCAUUUGAACUAA